GUGUUUCCGGUGUUUCCCUCAACCUGCAUGUGUGAUAUCAAAGUGGAGUCAGUUUUGUAAAUAAAUUGAACUUAACCAGCGAAGGGUAUAAAAAUGGUUCGUAAAUUAAAGCACCAUGAGCAGAAGUUGUUGAAGAAGGUGGACUUCAUCAACUGGGAGGUGGACAACAACCUACACGAGGUCAAAGUGCUGCGGAGGUUUCACAUCGAGAAGAGGGAGGACUACACCAAAUACAACAAGCUGAGUCGUAACAUCAGAGAUCUGGCCCAGAAAAUCAGAGACCUGGACGAGAAAGACGGCUUCAGAGCUCAAAGUUCACACCAACUACUGGAAAAACUUUACAGCAUUGGACUCGUCCCAACCAAACAGAAUCUGUCCCUCACAGAGAAAGUCACAGCGUCUUCGUUCUGCAGGAGGAGGCUGCCCAGCAUCAUGCUGAACCUUCGUAUGGCUCAGAACCUGAAGACAGCCAUCACCUUCAUCGAACAAGGACAUGUGCGUGUGGGCCCUGAGAUUGUCACAGAUCCAGCAUUUCUAGUCACAAGAAAUAUGGAAGAUUUUGUUACUUGGGUGGAUUCCUCGAAGAUCAAACAGCAUGUCAUGAAUUAUAAUGAUGAGAGAGACGACUUUGAUCUGGUGGCAUAAAUCUGUGUCCUGAUGUCCAUCCAUCACUCUGGAGGACAGGACAGGAACAAAGACUCUGAUCUUUUCACUAUAACAUCAAUAUAAAGAAAAGGAAGGAUUCUACAACCCAAGAGUCACCAGUUUGAAUCUCCUACGAACUUGGAAAUAGUUGCAAGAAAAUAAAUGUUCUCACCACCAUCAAAAACUGAAGUUUCAGUGGAGUAAGGAGGGAAAGACUCUACGUCCAGAUUCUCCAUCAAUCAGUUUAAAUUGCAGCAAGUCAGCAGUUAAGAUUUUUAUUUGUUAAGUUUUAACAAAUAACUCAAUAGAUAAUCCUUCGCUGGCUAAGUUCAAGUUAAAAUCAAAGCGCCUCUCUGAUGCAAACAGAAUGUGCAACUGGGAUCUACUGACUACUGUUAAUUCAAUAUAAUAAAACAAAAUCUAAUGAUACUGCAGCAAGUGAACAAUACUGGGCAACAAUGGCUGACAGAAUAACUCAAACAGUGGUAUCAUCACCAUCAUCAUUACACACAUGGCUGAGCUGAACAGUGUUGUGUAGGUGUGACUGUUCUUUCUCAAGUAGCUCCAUGUUGUUCACUCUGGAUAACAUGUUUGUUGAAUGAACAUAACUGGCUUCCUUGGAUUAUUAUGUGUGUGUGUAAGACCAGAGAAGUGUUGGUAUAUGUAAAGAGAGAGACUGUCAUCAGUGACAUUAACAUGUUAUGUUUUGCAUGCAUACUUUUGUAAAAUAGAUGACAAUUUGAUAAAUAUUUAAUCUUUUCAAUAAGACUUUCUUACAAUUCUGUAAACUUUGUGAACAAUAAACAUUUUUUUUACUCACAGUA